AGGAUUUCCCAAUAUAACCCAGAGAACACUCCGUAACAGCUGAUCCGCCGGAUGCCCGGCGACCGACGCCGUCAGUAUCGCCGUCGUGACGACACGGGAUACAACACAGUCUCUUAUCUACAUUUCACUCCCUCUAUCACGAAACACGUGGAUAUUCGGAGAUAAGAAAAACAAAAUCAUUUGUUAAACGCGUUUAUCUUUUUACUCUACGGCCGUUUUUUGUGUUUGUAGAAGAUGAUUUUGUAAUAGUUGUGAAUUUACCAAGAAAAAUCGACUACAGUUUUUUAUGAUUGUAAUACGAAUGAUCGUGAAAGGAAAUACCGUGAGGUCGUGAGCUCGUAACGAAAUGUCUAGUGAACAAGAGACUAACAAACAUCGUAGUGGUCAUUCUUCCGGAGGAACAAUAAAAAAGUCCAAACACAGGUCGAGAUCUACUCCCCGACACAACGAUGUGGAAAAGCCAAGAAAAAAAAGGAAUAAUAGUGCCGCUACGUCGUUCGCUUCCAUUCCAAACGCGAUUAAACUGUCGAUGCUCAAUAGUGGUUUACUGCCUACUAGUCGGUUCAACAGUGAAGAUAAUGGUGGUGGAGUAGUUGCUACAGUUACAGAUAGUCCAAUAGACUUGAAGAAUUUUAUGAAAAUCUGCGACCAGAGACGAAAAUUUCCCGUGUUGUAUAAAUUAGAAUUUGAGAUUGCCAUCAAGGUGGAAACUCAUUCUUGUAGGCAUGGAACUAAAAAGAGUAAUUUAGAAAAGAAUCAAAACCAAAGAUGCAUUCCUUAUGAUUAUAAUAGAGUAGUAUUAGAUACUAUAGAAGGGGAACACGAUACAGAUUAUAUUAAUGCUUCUUAUGUAGAUAGUUUAUUGAAACCUAACGCGUAUAUAGUAACACAGGGUCCAACCGAGGAAACAGUGACAGAUUUUUGGCGAAUGGUAUGGCAGGAGAAAGCUAGUUGCAUAGUCAUGUUAACAAAAACCUUCGAUUUCAUUCGGGUUAUGUGUGUUCAGUAUUGGCCGGCAUCUAAAGAUAUAGUCGAAGCUUAUGGAAGAAUCAAUAUCGAAAUACUUGAAGAAGAGGAAUUGGCCAAUUUCCAUAUAAGAACGUUUAGAUUGUUCAAAAAAGAAGAUAACAGUAUCACGGAAGAGCGAACUUUACUUCAAUUUCACUAUACCCAAUGGCAUAGUCAUUCUUGUCCGUUUACGAACGCUCUAUUAGAAUUUAGAAGACGAGUCAGGGCAGUAGUAGGACAUGUGAUAAAAUCUAAUGAAGCCGGUCCUAUGGUGGUGCACUGCAAUGACGGAGGUGGUAGAUCUGGUGUGUAUUUAUCGGUUGAUGCUAAUAUGGAACUGGCCGAAGAGGAAGACAAGUUUGACGUAUUCGGAUAUCUAAAAAAGCUUAGACAAUCACGGAAAGGACUGGUCGAUAAUGUGGAUCAAUAUAAAUUUAUAUACGACACUCUUGAAGAGCACGUGACUUGUGGUAAUUCUUGGUUUCCUGUAAGCGAAUUAUCUCCUCGACUAAAACAAAAAUCUCAGAAAAACCCUUUGACGAAGCUCAACGAAUAUCAAAGAGAAUACAUGCUAAUUUGCAAACAGACGCCGAGAUUUACGAUAGGGGAUUGCGCUGGGGGACAUAGGGGAGACAACAGAAAGAAAAAUAGAGAUGUUUUGAUUGUUCCUCCUGACAACUUUCGACCGUACCUGACAUCAUUCCAAGGAAACAGUUACACAGACUACAUCAAUGCAGUAUUUGUAGAUGGUUAUACCAAACCGAAGGAGUAUAUAGUAACCGAAUGGCCGAUUAAAUCAACGUGUGGAGAAUUCUGGUCGUUGGUAUAUGAUUAUGAUUGUUCAGCUGUGGUUAUAUUGUGUGUACCUCCUCAACAUUCUCAACAGUUUCCAACGUUUUGGCCAGAAUAUAAAACAUCAAAGAAAUAUGGUCCGGUAUUCACCAUAGAUUAUGUAUCACACAAUCAUUAUCCAAACAUUAGAACUUUUGUUUUCCAAAUUAAUAAAAAAAUAGUUUCCUUGACAGAAUUAAUGGCAGGUGUUAAAGCUCCUCCAAAGAAAAUUCAACUGUUCCAGUUGACUUGUUGGCCUAUGGGUCAUAAAGUGCCUACUUCGACGAAUUCCCUCGUAGAACUUAUGAAUAUUGUUGAAAAAUGGAGGCAAAGAUCGGACUAUGGACCUGUAUGUGUAGUUUCACCGGAUGGCAGAGGCAGAUGUGGAAUAUAUUGUGCAGCAAACGCUUGUAUAGAACAAGUCAUACAACAUGGUGAAGUAGAUGUAUUUCAAGCAGUUAGGACCGUCCGAAGACACCGACCUCAACUGAUUGAGAAUAUUACUGAGUAUAAAUACUGUUAUGAUGUAGUCCUCCAUUACGUCCUACACUACUUGCAAAAGGAUCUUGAAGAAAUGGGCUCGAAGCAGAAAUAAUUGGAUUCUUACAGUCGAAUAGAACCACGGAUGUCUCAUGAAAACACACCAAGAAGGAAAUAAAGAGAAAACGUAUCGAAUAUAACUGAAAUAUUGUGUCCAAAAGAGGUCCAGCUUUAUAUAUGCAUUUGUACUUUAUAAAUAUAUAUGGCACAAACUGAGGUUUUAAAUUUGCCUUAUUUCUGUUAAACCAAAUUAAGCACUAAAUGUUUAUAUUUAUUAUGAUUAAAAUAUUUGAAUUGAA